CGUCGCCAUUUUUACCGCGGCUUUGCGAUGCAUCUCACUUAUCAUCUCAUAACCAGGAAGAGGCAGAAACUGAUAUUAUCACUGAGAUCGAUGAUGAACUUGAAAUUGCUGUUUGGCGGGUGAUCAAGAUAUGAGAGAACCUAUUAUUGACUUCAAUAUUUCGCCGGUAUGUAAUGACCUGCUUAGAUGUCUAAAUUUCCCAUGUCGCUCUGUAGGACAACAAUUGCUUCCCUCCAAGAUUGUCAUAUUCACUGGCGGGAGAUCAGCGCGGUAUUUAUUGCAGUGGAUAUGUCUUGGCCAUGGUAUUGUGACUAUGGUUGGGGUUGCCGUUUCUCUUAAAUUCGCAGGGAGUGUGGGACAACAGGCGCAUGUACAGCUUAGCGGUACCCGGACAAAUCCAACGGUGCUGAGACAUGCGGAUUCGGUGGCAACCUCAGCGGAGAAUAUCUUCCGGGUGAAGCUUUUUCAGGUCAAAGGCAUAAAUGGGGAAGAGUUUGAUCUGCUGAAACCGGUUCCUGCAAACUUAACUACCCCCUUACUGCGGUUGACCUGGAAAAUUAAGCGGACGUUGCGGGGCAUGAGAUAUCGAGAUAUCCGAAGAUUUUGGGGUUCAGGUUAUAAGGUAAGGUUUAGGGUCUGGGUUUAUGCAAUGUAAGUCCUCUGGCUGUGCGUAAGGGUUUGGGAGCCCUAGAGAAUUGUUGUAAGACUGCAAGUAGUCUUAUCGGUUUUCCGGGUGUCAUUAUCUGCUUAGGAAAAA